AUGGCGUCCUCAGUUGCCCGUCGCACCGCAAUCGUCACCGGUUCCGCCCGCGGAAUCGGCAAAGCAAUCGCCCUGCGCCUCGCGCGCGAUGGAUACAGCGUGUGCAUAAAUGACAUUCCCAGCUCGCAGUCCGCCAUCGACGCAACAGUCUCCGAAAUUACGGCGCAGAUUCCGGCCGCGAAGGACCGCGUCCUCGGUAUUCCAGCGGACGUGUCUUCCUCCGGGGCCGUCGCGUCCUUGGUAAAAAGGACAAGCGAGAAGCUCGGCCCGCUGACGCUAAUGAUCGCAAACGCCGGCAUAUCGCAGGUGAAGCCGCUCUUAAACGUCACGGACGACGACAUCAAAAAGGUCAUGGCCGUCAACUUCAACGGCGUCUUCAACUGCUACAAAGCCGCAGCGGCCCAGAUGAUCUCGCAAGGCGACCCGCAACCCACCGCCGGCGUCGGCGUGUACAAAAUCCUGGGCGCCGCGAGUAUAGUGUCGCACAAGCCCUUCCCCUCGAUGGGGAUCUACUCCGCCAGUAAAUGGGCGGUGCGCGGACUGACGCAGGCAAUGGCGAUGGAGAUGGCGCGGCACAAGAUCACGGUUAACGCGUAUGCGCCGGGGAUUGUGGACACGAACAUGUGGGAGGCUAUUGACGGCGGUCUUGGGGAGCUGGAGGGGCGGAAGAAGGGCGAUAGUCUGAAGCUCUACUCGGAUCGGUUUAUUGCGCUGGGGCGGACGAGUCGGGCGGAGGAUGUGGCGGGGCUUGUGGGGGGGUUCCUUGCGAGUAGGGAUUCGGAUUAUGUUACGGGGCAGACGAUGGAUAAAGGAGUACGACUGUACGACCCGUGGGCUGUAGCGGGUCGAGCCGAUACGCCGAUUCCUGUCCAGCCAGUAGCUACCCACCGGCAUUACAAGAGCCGCGGCUACCAGGACAGUGCGACACUCUCCCCAAGCCCCGCGCAGUACUCUGCCCGCAAAAACGCCCGACAACAAAGUCCGCCAUGA